AUGGAAACUGUCGAUUGGCUUUACUGGAAGAUUCAUGCUGACGCUGUUUUCAAGGCAAUCUCCUUCGAUUCCGGUGAACACGUGCUGACCUUUCGUCUGUCAUAUGACGGACAUCAUCAGAGCGAGGCCCAGUUGCGUGGCCUCGAGGGCGAGAUUGCCGAUGUCGUGGAGCCCGAUCGGCUCCAUCCGUCCGUCGAGAAACUGGCCACCGUCGCGCCGCAGCAUCAUGCCCAAAUCGACUGGCUCUACGACCGACUUCACGACGACCUCAAUCGCGUCCGUGAGGCUGUCGACGAAGCGGAAAUGUUGGCGGCCAAUUUGCGCGCCGGAGGAGCACAGGGUCGAGGUGAUCUCACCGACUUGUUGCCAUCGCGACAGUCGCCGCAGAUCACACCGAUCAAACGAGCCCAGCAACCGUCCAUUCUGGUACUGGCCUCGUCGGAGUCUCCACCACAACAACAACCACAACCACCAUCACCAACACCACUACCACCGCCACCACCGCCGCCGCCACCACCGCCACCGCAACAGGCUCCGCCGUCUUCGCCGAAACGAGCCUUCGGGGGCAGUUUGACUGCGCUACGAGGCGAACCGAACGUCGUACAGGCCGCCGAGUUUCCGGGGAAACCGCCCAGUCAAGAGGGCUUGGCGCCGCAGAAGGCCAGUCCGAAGUCGGCACCGCUGGCGCCUCUUCCAGACGUCAGCAGUUCCAGUCAAGAGAUCGUCUCCUUUUCACAGACGACCGGACGCAUCGUGCGUCAUCUCAGCGACGUGACCUGUUUCGCCGGCGAUCCCGUCAGUCUGCAGACACGAUUUGACCAGUUGCCAGGACAACCAGACGGACUGACGUCGACGCCCGACGAGCUGCCGAUGGUCGCGUGGCUGUUCCGACCGCUGGCCAACAUGUCGACACGACAACGCGUCCAGUUGGCGCCUGGAGAGGGCGAGAUGACGGUGGACGCGCAGACGGCCAAAAUGAGCAUACAGGCCGUGAGGCCAGACCAAGCCGGCAUAUACGUGGUACGCCUGACCGACCGGAACUCGGGACAAGUCAUGGAGAGUUCGGGUGAGGAGCCGAGCAAAAGGGAUAGUUUUCCUUUUCUUAUGGCUCGAAAUGCUAUUUCGCUCUGGGAGAUCCUUCUAAAUUCAUCUAUUCUUGCCUAA